AUGUCGACAGCAAAGUUCACUAGCGGUGGAACACAGACGAAAACAUUUCAAGAACUGCUAUGCACCCCAUCUUUUGGAGGUGGAUUACAUGAAAUAUUAACUUUUUUCUCAACAGUGCGUAUUCUCCUCUCCAUCACAGCAUUCCUUAUGAAUAAUGAUAAUAAUAGGACAUUUAUAAUGCGCAGAUUCCAUAAAAUGUUCAAAUGCACAUAUUCUCUCAUUCUUGUUGCCCUUCACAAGGAAUCUUCCCUCCACCCGCCGUCCAAACUCUUGUACCGUUCUCUGGUAACAACUGAUCUGUUGGUUGGUCUUGUUGCCCAGCCUCUCUAUGCUACUUAUUGGAUGUCCAUGGUUCAGGAGCGCUGGAGCCUUUGUCGAUACACAUUUGACGCAGCCUACCUCACAGGCUCUGCAUUGGUUUUAGCGUCUUUGAUGACGAUGAGGGUUAUAAGCGUGGACAGACCUCUCGCCAUGUUGUUGGGGCUGAGGUACAAACAAAUUAUAACUUUGAAGCGCACAUAUAUCAUUGUAGCUACCAUCUGGGUUUUAUCUCAUGUCUCUUCUUUAUGCACUUUUCUUGAUGACUGUAUAACUAUACCACUUUGCCUGGUUAUUUCGCUCGCAUCAUAUACAAAGAUUUCUCGCACUCACAGAUAUCAUCAGGUUCAGGCAGAAGAUCCUGUUCAACAACAGCCGAGCCAACUAAAUGUACUGAACAUAGCUCAAUACAGAAAAGCAGUGUAUAGUGCACUGCGGGCGAAGUUAGCAUUAAUUGUUUGUUUUGCACCAUUCUUUAUCGUGGUAACCGUGAUUGCACAUAAUAAAACACAUUCAUCGCAUUUGGUCAUCCUAAGGGGAAUAACCGUUGUCUUGGUUUACUUUAACUCGACGUUUAACCCGUUUAUUUAUUACUGGAAGAUAAGUGAAGUAAGACAAGCAAUGAAGCAGACAAUCAGACAAGCACUUUGCUUUCCUUGGAGUUAG